AAAAAAAAAAACGCCACCUAUGGUAGCUAUGGUAACCCCUGGUGGCGUUGCGUUUUGACGUAGUAUUUAGUAGGGUAGUGUGCGGAUUGGGACGCGGCCGCGGUGUUGAAGCAGCGGCCCUUCCUGUUUGACCGCGCUGCCGUAUCGCGAGUCACACUGACGCCGUAGCGCCGGACGCGCAGCGCUGGAGUAUGUCUGCGGCCGUCCAGCGCCACAGAGGCGAGCUUAUUUGCUUUCCGACGUGAUACCGAGCCCGAACCCGAGCCAUGUCGCCAUUCUAGCGCCGACUUGUUCUGCUGUUGUCGCUGUCGCUGUCGUUAUUGUUGUUGUUGUUUCUUUAAAUGAAUUAUUAGUCGUCGUCGUCUAGCCGGAACGCCUUUCUGUUUCGCCUGUCAAUGAUUAGUGUCGCAGGCGCGCGCGCUCAUGGCGGAGACGAAAAUCAUCUAUCACAUCGAUGAGGAGGAAACUCCUUAUUUAGUCAAACUCGCCGUUUCUCCCGACAGAGUCACGCUCGCGGACUUCAAAAAUGUGCUCAGCAAUCGACCCGUCAAUAGCUACAAAUUCUUCUUCAAGUCCAUGGACCAGGAUUUCGGGGUGGUCAAAGAAGAGAUAUCUGACGAUAAUGCCAAGCUGCCCUGCUUCAACGGAAGAGUGGUGUCCUGGUUGGUGCUGACUGAAAGCACACACUCAGAUGGCGGAUCUCAGUGCCCAGAGAGUCACGCCGAGCUGCCGCCCCCGCUGGAGCGAACAGGAGGCAUCGGAGACUCCAGACCCCCCUCAUUUCAUGCCAACGCGGUGAGCAGUCGGGAUGGCCUGGACACAGAGACAGGCACAGAGUCUCUCGUGAGCCAGCGAAGGGAGAGGGAGCGCGAAAGGAGCCGCAGGGUGCGGGACAACAAGCUCCCUCGGUUAAACGGCCACUCGAAGGCCGAGCGUGCUAAUCGAGACUCAGCCAUGGGCUAUGACAGCACCUCCAUGAUGAGCAGCGAGCUGGAGUCUAGCUCCUUCAUCGACAGUGAGGAAGAUGAGGAUGCCAGCAGAUUGAGCAGUUCCACAGAGCAGAGUACUUCUACUCAACUCAUGCGCAGGCACAAGCGCCGACGACGGAGACAGAAAGUUGCCAAAAUGGACAGGUCCUCAUCAUUCAGCAGCAUAACAGAUUCCACCAUGAGCCUCAACAUUAUCACGGUCACUCUCAACAUGGAGAAGUAUAAUUUCCUGGGUAUCAGCAUCGUGGGGCAGAGUAAUGACCGAGGAGAUGGAGGCAUAUACAUCGGCUCCAUCAUGAAAGGUGGUGCUGUAGCAGCUGACGGACGAAUUGAGCCUGGAGACAUGCUGUUGCAGGUGAAUGAUGUGAACUUUGAGAACAUGAGUAAUGAUGAUGCUGUAAGAAUUCUGCGGGAAAUCGUCUCCAAGCCUGGACCCAUAAGUCUCACAGUGGCUAAGUGCUGGGACCCCUCUCCUCGCAGUUACUUCACCAUCCCCAGAGCGGAGCCCGUAAGACCGAUCGAUCCUGCUGCCUGGAUCUCUCACACUACAGCACUGACUGGAACUUAUCCACACUACGAGCUGGAUGACUUGCCUCUCUCAGCUAGUAAAACUGAGAUGGCCACAAUAGUGAAGGUUAUGCAGCUGCCUGAUUCAGGUCUUGAGAUCAGAGACCGGAUGUGGCUUAAGAUCACCAUAGCAAAUGCUGUCAUUGGUGCUGAUGUGGUAGACUGGCUGUAUUCACGGGUGGAAGGCUUCAAGGACCGGCGCGACGCCCGAAAAUACGCCAGCAGUUUGUUGAAACAUGGCUACCUGAGACACACUGUCAAUAAGAUCACCUUCUCUGAACAGUGCUACUAUACAUUUGGAGAUCUGUGCCAAAACAUGGCCUCUCUGAACCUGAAUGACGGAUCUAGUGGUGGUGGUUCAGAGCAAGACACUCUCGCCCCUCUGCCUCCAGCGGGUCCCAACCCAUGGCCUGCAGGUGGGCAGCCAUACCCAUAUCCAGGCUACCCGAACCCACCGCCCGGCUUCCCACCUGGAUACUCGGAGCCCUGCCACAGUUUCCACAGCGGCAGUGCCGGCAGCCAGCAGAGUGAAGGCAGUAGAAGUAGCGGCUCUAACCCCAGCGCAGGUAAAGGAAGAAGGCCCUCUCCUCGAGAAAAGGAGCACAGGUCGACGUGCUGCGUGGGAACAGACUCCGAAAUAGUUCCAUGGCCUAGCAUUCAGGGCCAGAGAGCACCCAGUCAGCUGAGCCAUCACAGCCACACCCGCUCCUGCACCAGUCACACCUGCUCCGGGCAUAGCCAUGCUGCAUCCCAGAGGAGCCACAGUGUGUCCCAGCACAGCCACGCCUCGUUUUCCUAUAGCCACGCCCCAUUCACUCAGCUCGGCUAUGCAUCCUGUGCGCACAGUGAGAGGAGUCACGCGUCUUCGUACGGCCCCCCAGGCCUGCCUCCUCCGUACUGCCUGGCACGGCUGGCUCCUAGAGCCACCGUGAGCAGCGGUCCUCCUGGAGCUCCGCCCGUGCGCGAGUUAGCAAACGUCCCUCCAGAGCUCACGGCUAGUCGGCAGUCCUUCCAGCACGCCAUGGGUAACCCUUGUGAGUUCUUUGUUGAUAUUAUGUGACAGGAACAGUGCCUUUCACUUUUAAAGAGCACAAAUCCUCCAUACUCCCCUUUGCUCCCUUAAAGUCUUGCUACUGACUAUCCCAGCACUGAGAAUGUACCCACCAUCGUCCCUCAGUGGAGGACACUGAAAAAAAAAAAGCACAGCAUUCUGCACUGGCAAAGCUAAUAACAUGAGUUGAGAUGUUAGAUGUUAAAAUGGCUGCUGUAGAAUUGUUUUUGGUCCAGAGCAGAGCUCCAAUCCUGUAUAUUGAGUGAAUAUACUCUUUGUCAGAGAUGGACGGGAAGCCAAAGGUCGCACUUUCAGCUGAUCCUUUGUGGCUAAUCUGCAUUUGGGCAAACCAGCAGGUGAUAUUCAGAUCCCAAGCCAAGUCAAUCUAACAAAUAAAUAAUUGCCAAAAAGUGGGAAAUGCUGUGUCUGCAUUUUACAAACAUCUUCAGUGAGUUUGGCACUUAGUGUUAAACCUAGCACACAUGACUGCUGAAGUUCAUUUGAAGAGUCAUUAGUUGUAAAUGUUGUCUGGAAGUAAUUAUACAUUUGUCUAAGAUUCCUUGUUGUUUGAACUUCAAUGUAAUCAUGAUGUCCCACUGACAAUCAGUCAUGCUCACAGUCUGAUGAUGUAGGACGUGUGGUUAAAUGACUUCACUGCAAUUCUGCCAAACUGCUCGAACACUACCACACAGUUAUAUCUUUUUCCUCCCUGACACAAUGACCUAAUGUCAGAUUAAUUCCGUGUAUUUUAAGUCCAUAUGUGCAAUAAAGCAUUGCUCAGACACUCUGUAAUAUCCUGCCAGUGGCCUCCGUUAAGGCCAAGUUUAAUGAAGUCAACACCGUUACCAAAUUCCAUUGGCAGACAUUAAGCUGUGUUUCACAUUUUAUUUCACAAAGGUAAGAUUGUUUUGACUUGAAUGAAAAGACUUGUUUUGUGGUGACAUUUUCUGGUAAAGUGGUGAAAUCUAAAAGUAGUUUUAAAACGUUCCCCUGCUUAACCCAUUUACCCAGGUCUCAAUGGGAAAUAGCAACAGCGUAAUUUUAACUCUUGAAGCACUUUUAACAACGUACCUUUUUGGCCCUUUAGUAUAAAACACUGUUCGUAACGGAAGCUAUUUACUUUAUUUCUUCAAGUAAAGAGGAAUAACAAAUUGUACAUAAUGGAAAAAAUAUAUAUUAUAUAUAAUUGAAAAAGAAUAAAUAAAAUAUAUGGGUUAAGAUGUGGUCUGAGAUUGAUUUUGGUGUGGUUUUCAGUGUACUAAAGUCAUUCAAUCAGGUUUUCUGAGCAGCUCUGAAAAAAUAGUAGGCACUCAUUUCCAUACCUGGAAAAUCGGACAGUGUUUUAGAAAAAAAAAUAAAAAAUAUUCUUCUGUCAAAGUAAUAUUUUGAAAUCUGUUGUUUUAGACAGUUCCUUAUUCUCUCCACUAACCAUGUAAACAGCCGUUAUAAUGUAUAUCAUGUUUCAUAUUUUUCCUUUUAAUGAUGUGGCUAACUAAUAAAGCAUGAUAGGGAGUGCCGUAAUAGGAAAAUAAUCAGCAAUGGGGCUGUGUGAUGCUGUUACCAAGCCAAAAUUGAUUAUUUUCCAAUAACAUUACAUCCUAAAGUUUUUUAUUGCACAGCGCUUUGUCAACGCUAACAUUUUUUGCUUUAUUAAAGAAUGACACAUUGUACUUUUAAUGAUGAGGAGCAUCCGCAAAACAUGUUAGUUACGUUAUAAACAGUUGUUCCAUGACCAGCCUCUUUUUUCUGGCUGAUGCAGCUUGUAAUGUUACAGAGAAAGUCCUCUGUCCCUUGUCCAAAAGAUGAAAGGAACAGCUUUACCUCUGACUGUAACAAAGCAGUCAUACUGCAGACUCCUUUAUCCUUACAGAAAGCUUCACUAUGUAAUAAAGCUUCACAUAAUUACACUUUUUUAAAAUCCGUUUAUGUGGAGCUGUCAAACGAGCUGUCAGAGCUCAUCAACACCUACUAACCAAUCAGAUUUGAGAAUUCAACAACACUGUGGUAUAACGAUCUGUAAAAUAUAGCAAGGAAACAUAGAAAGCGUGGAAAGUUUCAAAAAAAAAGUGUAAAAAAGAUCUUUUUUUCAUUAGGAAAGAGGAAGAAUCCUGUAAAGGGUUUAUACAUAAAACUCCUCUGUGAUAAUCAUAAGAUGGAGUGCUUUCCAGCACUGUUUAGUCUCAGUUAAGAUAGUCUUAACAGAUAAUAGUUUCAAAGUUUAAAGUCUUCCAGUAAAAUAUGCUAAUAUUAGCUUUGGGUGUCUUCACAGAAAUUCAGUGUAAGAAUGUGAAUCAGCAGUUAGCCGUCCCUUCAUUUCUUUCUAAUGCCAAGCAUUACCCACUGCUUUUAACACUUUCUGGAAAGUGUGUGUGUGUGUGUGUGUGGGUGGGUGGGUAUGUGUGUGUGUGUGUGUGUGUGUGUGUGAUUUGCAUCUGCUGGUGUGGACCUUGCUCUUCUGUCACUAACCCAGGGAAGAAGGAAAUGAAUUGUCACAGUUGUAACAUUUUUAAGUUGUACCAGUUUUUCUCAGCCAGCCUGUAAAGAUAUGGUGAUAGUUUGUGUAUAUUACGAAGUAGUGACGAACUGAACAGAAGUACUGGUGAAUGUGUUCAAGGUAUAGUUUUGAUAUGACGUGUAAUGAGUAAACACGCAAAUAUCAGAAGAGUUGUAAAAGUGUGACUCUCUCAAAUGACUUGUCAGACACACACCUUCUGAUGAUGCAGCGUGGCGUGGGCUUAUGAUGUCACUGACGUCAUAGUGAUCUCACAUGCAGCAUGAAUGUCAGCGUCGGUGUCAGAGUGGGUGUGUAGGUUUGUAGUGUGAGCACAGAAGGUGUUGAGCUGCGAGAGCUGAAUGUGAGCUCUUUCACAUGGCGAAUUAAAUUAAGUAGUGAAUUAAAUGCUACGUUACACAGCAGAUUCUGGACCAUACACACUUAAAUUUAUAAUGAAUGUCUCAAGAGCAAAUGUUUUGAAAACUUAUAGCACAAUAACCCCAUAUCUUAUUUAAUCAUCUUCAAAUGAGGUGUGUAUAGCCUUUGCUCUUCCAUAUUUAACGUCAUAAAGGUCAAGAUAUAAAGAGGUAGCAGGAGAAAAAUCUGAAAGUUCUAAAAUACGUGUUAGCUAACAUUAGGCUAAACCAGUAGCUAAUGUCACUAGCAAGUUAGCUAACCUUUGGUCAAUGAUUAAGUCAUUAAAAUAAGUAGUCACUAACUCACUAUGUUGGCUAACAUUAAGCUAACCAUUACAUCGUGUAUAGCAGUAGCCAAUUUUGCCAUCUAUUGUGUGAUAGAGAGAGGGAGCUACAGAGUGUGAACUGUUGUGUUUAGAUUCGGUACAAAUAGUAUGCAUUUGUUUAGCCAGAUGCAAAUAGCGUCUUUCUUUUGCUUUCAUUUUCACCAGAUAACACGCUUAUGCAGCGUGGAUAAGUCCCUGAUUGUUUACGAAUUAAAGCUGUGCUUUGACUCAUUACCAGCUGACCUUUCUAACCUUCCAGCCUGGACACUCUGGUAAUUACCAAACUGAUUUAGGUGCUCAGCUUUAAAAUGAAAGGAAGGAUGACAGGAUGACACAGCAUGUUUCUUCCUUAAUAACAAACUCUUCAUAAACAAUGAGAAAAUUCCCUUUAUGAGACAUGGCUAGAUCAUGUGUACUAAAAACAACUGUAAAUUUUAAAUGAUUAACUCGAGGCUCAUGUCAAAACAUUCAUCUGGAAAGUCUGGGCCAAGUUUCUCAACUCAGAUAAAGCCACUGAGAUGAUAUCUUGUCGGAAAAUACUUGUGUGUAUUAGUGUCAGAAUGUCAGAUAGCUGACAUGUUGAAACAUGCCUGAGCUUUUUUAUACUACGUGUUACAGUAAGAGUUUUGCAUAUAUAUCACUGUCCAUCUGCCAUAGAUUGUAGUGUUUCCUGUUAACAACCUUCUAAAGUACAUGAGUAUAAUAGAUUAGAUUCAGCUUUAUUGUCAUUAUGCAGAGUACAAGUACAGAGCCAAUGAAAUGCAGUUUUUCGCAUAUCCCAGCUUACUAGGAUGCCUUUAGGAUCAGAAACUGACUGGUUAAUAAGUUCCACAAAGAUUGAGGUUUUACUUAUUUAAAUGCUGUUCUGUAUCAUUUUGUUUGGUGUGUGCCAAUAACAGCGAUUAAACUGUAAUAAAAGUUUCAAAAGGUGUUGAAGUUUUUGACUACAGUCCAGUUUGGGUGAGCCUGUGCUCGUUGUAGCCUCAGAUUCAUGUUCUUGGCUGCCAGUAGUGGAACCUGAUGUGGUUGUCUGCUGUUGUAGCCCAUUUCCCCUUGACGUAUGACAUAUUGUGUGUUCUGAGAUGCUCUUCUGCCCACCACGGUUGUAAACAGUGACCAUUUGAGUUACCAUAGCAUUCUUGUCAUCAAGUCUGACCUCUCUCAUUAACUAGGUGUCUCCACCCGCAGAACUGCUGCUCACUGGAUGUUUUUGUUUUGCACACCAUAAUGGUCAACAACCAUGGCACGGUCAAAGUCACUGAAAUUACAUUUUCUCCGAUUUGAUGUGAACUUUUACUGUGAACAUUACAUGUUUGAUGUGUACUUUAACUAGCUUUUUACAGUAAGAUCAUCUGGCUCCCAGUGUGUCUGGAUGUUUGAAUGGUAUCAGAUUUAUUUUUCCUGCAAGCCCUGUCCAUAGCACAAGAAAUAUUGUAACCUACUCACCAACUGUCUGCAUUUCAUUCACUGGAGAAAUGACUCUAGUGCAAAAAAAAAAAAGACAAUGAUUACUGCUAUGCCUGACGUUUUUCACUAUU